CUAGUAAAUAAAUAGUAUAAGAGUCCGUCAUUUUAACUUAAAUGUCAUUUUGUGUUUAUCUCUAAAGUGAAUCUAACGAAAAGCCAUAAAUCAAAAGAAGAAGAAAGUGAAUCUAGAAUGUAAAUACAGAAUCGCGGUCUACCUUUUUGGAUCAGAGUUAUGUCCUCCACCUUCAUAUAAGGUGGAUUGGAUGUACGGAGAUAGUAAAGUUAAUUGUUUUGGUUGUGAUUGCAAAGUAAUCUACUAGAACAAAUUACCUGUUGGACUUUAGCAAUGGAAACAACCAAGGCAAAUGCAGCAUUUUUAUGCAAUUAUGAAGUGAUGCAGAUUCUACAGAAAUUGAAAGACAAUACACAGAAAAAGCACAAACGGGAGGGUUCUUUGGCUACUGUGACUUAUGAGACAGUUCACUAUUUGCAAGACACAGAGUGCAAGAAUCAAAGUGCUGAAUCAAUCCAGAAGUUUCUUGAAGCAAUGAAAGGGUUCAAAUUAACCAAAUCUGAGAAGCUGAUGAUGGUGAACACACCGCCAAGAACAGAACUGGAAAUCCAAUUGAUAGUCCAAGAAAGCGAAGAAAGAUUAUCAGAGGAGGAUGUUAGGAAAAUCAUAGAAUUAGCAAAUGAAUUCCUCCCAGCGACUCCAUAGUACUCUAAAUAGUACACUGCAUUUAACCUUUAAAGUUUCUAAUAGUAUGUAAGUAUUGAAAAUAAAAUUUAUUUUAUCUUUUA